AUGGCCUACCAAGGCACUGGCGGGCAUUCGCCAAACUACGACGAUGUGCACGAUCCUCACGACUCUCAUCGUCUCCAGGAUGUCCCUGGCUCCCAGUACCGUGAAGAUGAAGACGCUGCGCGUGGAUUGCUGUCCCAACACCAGGGUCCCUUUGCGACUCCCUUCGAUGACCAUCACUCUCGUGGUGUUUCUCCCCAGCGUCCUGCUUCCGGAUACAGUUUGACCGAGACUUACGCUGCGGAUACCUCGCCUUCUUACCACGAUCCCUACAACGCUGGUUCCGUCUACUCAGCUGGAGAUGAGAGUCCUGCAGCCGCUUUUGGUGUCCCUGGCCGAGUCGCUUCACCCUACGCCCGCAGUGAGACUUCCUCCACUGAGGCCUGGCGCCAGCGACAGGCGCCUGGAGGUGCUGCAGGUGGUGGUGGUGGUGCCGGCGGUGGUCUGCGCCGAUAUGCUACCAGAAAGGUCAAGCUGGUGCAAGGUUCAGUCUUGAGUGUGGACUAUCCCGUGCCCAGUGCCAUCCAAAAUGCCAUUCAGGCCAAGUACCGCAACGAUGUGGAGGGCGGAACCGAGGAAUUUACUCACAUGCGAUACACCGCAGCUACAUGUGAUCCUAACGAAUUCACCCUCCACAAUGGAUACAACCUGCGCCCCGCCAUGUACAACCGUCACACAGAGUUGCUGAUCGCGAUCACUUACUACAACGAAGACAAGAAUCUUACAGCGCGUACUUUGCAUGGUGUUAUGCAAAAUAUCCGUGAUAUUGUCAACCUGAAGAAGUCCGAGUUUUGGAACAAGGGUGGCCCGGCGUGGCAGAAGAUUGUUGUGGCGCUCGUUUUCGACGGUAUUGACCCCUGUGAUAAGGACACUUUGGAUGUCCUUGCGACGGUGGGUGUAUACCAGGAUGGAGUCAUGAAGCGUGACGUUGAUGGAAAGGAGACCAUCGCGCAUAUUUUCGAAUACACGACUCAGCUCUCUGUCACGCCCAGCCAGCAGCUGAUUCGUCCGACUGACGAUGGCCCCAGCACACUUCCCCCGGUGCAAAUGAUGUUUUGUUUGAAACAGAAGAACAGCAAAAAGAUCAACUCGCAUCGCUGGUUGUUUAACGCCUUUGGACGGAUCUUGAACCCCGAGAUUUGUAUCCUUCUGGAUGCUGGUACGAAACCCGGCCCGAAGUCUUUGUUGUACCUCUGGGAGGCCUUCUACAACGAUAAGGAUCUUGGUGGCGCCUGUGGUGAAAUUCACGCUAUGUUGGGUAAGGGUUGGCGCAAUCUGAUCAACCCUCUGGUGGCUGCUCAGAACUUCGAGUAUAAGAUCAGUAACAUUUUGGACAAGCCUCUCGAGAGUUCGUUCGGUUAUGUUAGUGUCUUGCCCGGUGCCUUCUCGGCCUAUCGAUUCCGUGCUAUCAUGGGUCGCCCGCUGGAACAAUAUUUCCACGGUGACCAUACUCUGUCCAAGCAGCUUGGUAAGAAGGGUAUCGAAGGUAUGAACAUUUUCAAGAAGAACAUGUUCUUGGCCGAGGAUCGAAUUCUUUGCUUCGAGCUGGUCGCCAAGGCUGGCUCGAAGUGGCACUUGUCAUAUGUCAAAGCCUCUAAGGGCGAGACUGAUGUGCCCGAAGGAGCUCCCGAGUUCAUCUCCCAGCGUCGUCGCUGGCUCAACGGUUCCUUCGCUGCUGGUAUCUACUCUUUGAUGCACUUCGGUCGUAUGUACAAGAGUGGCCACAACAUUGUACGCAUGUUCUUCCUUCACAUUCAGAUGUUGUACAACGUCUUCAACACCUUCCUCACCUGGUUCUCGCUCGCUUCCUACUGGCUUACCACUACUGUCAUUAUUGACUUGGUUGGUACCCCCAGCGACAACAACAAAAACACUGCCUUUCCCUUCGGAGCGACUGCCACGCCAAUCAUCAACACCAUUGUGAAGUAUGGGUACCUGGCUUUCGUAUUGUUGCAAUUCAUCCUCGCUCUGGGUAACAGACCCAAAGGCUCCAAGUUCUCAUACCUCGCUUCUUUCGUCGUCUUCGGUAUCAUUCAGCUGUACAUUGUGGUCGAUUCGAUCUAUCUGGUUGUUCGCGCGUUCAGUGGUGGUGCACCCAUGGAUUUCGUCACCAACAAAGGCGUGGGCGAAUUCGUCAAAUCCUUCUUCUCAUCUUCAGGCGCUGGUAUCAUUAUCAUUGCCCUGGCUGCCACUUUCGGUCUGUACUUCGUUGCCUCGUUCAUGUACGCGGACCCAUGGCACAUGUUUACCUCUUUCCCUGCCUACAUGGUCGUUCAAUCGUCCUACAUCAACAUCCUCAACGUAUAUGCCUUCAGCAACUGGCACGAUGUCUCAUGGGGUACCAAGGGAUCCGACAAGGCCGAUGCUCUGCCGUCAGCUACCACCACCAAGGACGAGGGCAGUAAAGAAGCAGUAAUAGAAGAAAUCGACAAGCCUCAGGCCGAUAUUGAUAGUCAGUUCGAGGCAACCGUCAAGCGAGCCCUUACUCCAUUCGUUGCCCCUGUCGAACACGAUGAGAAGAGUCUGGAGGAUUCUUACAAGAGUUUCCGUACCCGUCUCGUCACUUUGUGGAUUUUCAGCAACGCCUUCUUGGCUGUCUGCAUUACCAGCGAGUCUGUCGACAAGUUCGGCUUCACCAAUACGGCCACCAACCGCACAACCCGUUUCUUCCAGGCUCUUCUAUGGUCUAAUGCCGCCGUGGCCCUGUUCCGUUUCAUCGGCUGCUGUUGGUUCUUGGGUCGCACUGGUAUCAAAUGCUGUUUCGCUCGCCGGUAG